AUGUUAGCUGAAGAAUUAUUGAGUGGACAUCAGUUUACGGUCGAUGGCUAUGUUGAUGGUAACGGCGAAGUUACUAUUCUCGGUAUGACCGAUACUAUUAUGGAUUCAAAUAAAGUUAGUUAUCUACGUUUUGAUCAUCCAACUAAUCUCUUACAAUCUUAUGUACAACAACGUACCAAAGAUAUUUGUCAACGCAUUGUGAAAGAUAUCAAUUGGAGAUGGAGUCUAUUUAACAUUGAAUUCUAUUAUAAUCAAGAGAAUGAUGAUCUUAAAAUAAUUGAAAUUAAUCCAAGACAUGUAGGCCUCUUUGGCGAUAUGUAUGAAUUAGUACAUGGGCAGAAUACAUAUGAAAUUAUGCUCGAUCUAUCUAUGGGACAAUUAAGGCAACGUCAUUUAGAUCAGUAA